UCUUUUGUUUGGGACGUUCUUCUUAACAGACAGCGCGCAAUCACUUAACCAUGCAGUCGUUUAUCUUUUUUCUUUUGUCUCGAGGCAAUCUCUGAUUGGCUUUCGAGUGUGGGAAACCUAACUAAGCAGAGGACUCAUGCAUUCUAAUGUAAAUUGAGCUCUAUAAAUACCAGAGGAGUGCUGCCCUCCUCAGAAGCCGCUCUCGCUCUCAGAGAAAGCAAUUCCUGAAACAAUCAAGACACAAUGGCACCUUGCAACUUCAACCACGAAUAUAACCUUCAGCUGACAAAUAAAGAAAAAAAUAAACUGAGGAAACCUCUGGUCGAGAAGAUGCGAAGAGAUCGCAUCAACAGCAGCAUCGAGCAGCUAAAGUCUCUGCUAGAGAAGGAGUUCCAGAAAAAUGAACCCAACUCGAAGCUCGAGAAGGCUGAUGUUCUGGAGAUGACCGUGAAUUUCCUGAAGCAGCAGAUGAGGCCACAGGUGGACUAUGAUCGGGGCUACUCCAGAUGUCUGCAGGAGACCCUGCAGUACUUGUCGCUGUGUGCUCCUCAUAAAGAGGCAGGAGCUCGACUGAUCCGGCAUUUUAAUGGAAGCCCCAAAGUUGCUGAUACACCCAGCUGCCCAGCUGUGUACACUGUCCACAAGCAGGAGCCUUCUGAGGUGCCCACCACGCUGUGGAGACCCUGGCAAAGUCUCUAAAGAAAAGUGCAUAAACCAAAAACACUAUUGCUACAGAGCAACACCUGAAGGACUGCUUAUUUGCAAAGUCUUGGUGGCCUUCCUGUUGAACAGAUGGACAUUGUGCUUUGAUAUUACUUUUUAGAAGGCAUCCAAGUGCUUUUGUUAUAAUAUCGCUUCAGUGAAGUGGCAUGAUAACUGUUACUAUAGCUAUACUUUUUCUGCUUUGUAUCAUUAUUUGCAUUCUGCCAUGAGCAGAUAAGAUUUGGACUUUAGUAGGAGAAAAGCUCUCCAAAAUGUGGACUCUUUAUGAAGAAAGUUAGGUGACUUUAUUUUAAAGAAUAACUGUUGUCUUUUGUAAAGGCGAUGGCCUCAAAUAUGAUUGGCCUAGUAAUAAAAUAUUAGAGGAAUGGUUAAAGUUUUGUUCCAAUGGGACCUGUUUUGCAAUGCCAAAGGUGACAACCAGGCACAUUAGCUAUGCUGGGGAUCUGGCACACCAAGUAAAUCUUAGUGAUUACUGAAUAUUUUUCCAUUUUUUGGAAAAGCUAGCAGUUUGUGAAAUAUUGUUUUAUGAUAUUCUUGUAAUAAAUAUUUUCAGAUGAUA